AUAGAACUGGGGAAAACGAUUGAGGGGAUUUGUGAUGGGCCAGUUUGAGGGGCUGGGAAGGGAGACCCUAUCUGAUGAGGGGGAUGGGGAAAAUGUCGGGAAUUGAAGAGGGUGGAGCAGUAGGACUGCCUGACCUCAGAGCCCCUAGUCAGACUUGUCUGACGUCAGCCCUCCUCCACCCCCGCAAUGUGUUAGUCUUCAAAUGGCCCCCCUCCAGCUAGCUUCAGACACACUCAGAUUGCAGAGCAAGUCGGAAAAGAGAAAAUCCAGGAGGACCCACAGCCAUGAGACAGGACAUGCCAAAGCCCUCAGAGGCAGCACGUUGCUGCUCCGGUCUGGCCAGGCGGGUGCUCACGAUCACCUUCGCCCUGCUCAUCCUGGGCCUCAUGACCUGGGCCUACGCAGCAGGAGUACCUCUGGCUUCUGAUCCCUAUGGCCUCCUGGCCUUUGGGCUCUAUGGGGCGUUCCUCAGUGCGCACCUAGUGGCACAGAGCCUCUUCGCUUACCUGGAGCACCGAAGGGUGACCGUGGCUGCGCGGCGCGCUUUUGCGAAGGGACCCCUGGAUGCGGCCACUGCGCGCAGCGUGGCACUCACCAUCUCAGCCUACCAGGAGGACCCCACUUACCUGCGCCAGUGCUUGACCUCCGCGCGCGCCUUGCUGUACCCGCGCACGCGGCUGCGCGUGCUUAUGGUUGUAGACGGCAAUCGCGCGGAGGAUCUGUACAUGGUGGACAUGUUCCGAGAAGUCUUCGCAGAUGAGGACCCUGCCACUUAUGUGUGGGAUGGCAACUACCAUCAGCCUUGGGAGCCAGCUGAGGCGGCGGGUGCUGUGGGUGAAGGUGCCUACCGCGAGGUGGAGGCUGAGGACCCUGGGCGGCUGGCGGUAGAGGCGCUGGUGAGGACCCGCAGGUGCGUGUGCGUGGCUCAGCGCUGGGGUGGCAAGCGCGAAGUCAUGUACACGGCUUUCAAGGCACUGGGUGACUCCGUGGACUACGUGCAGGUCUGUGACUCAGACACAAGGUUAGACCCCAUGGCACUGCUGGAGCUUGUGCGAGUGCUGGAUGAAGACCCCCGGGUAGGUGCUGUUGGAGGAGAUGUGAGAAUCCUUAACCCUCUGGACUCUUGGGUCAGCUUCUUGAGCAGCCUUCGAUACUGGGUAGCCUUCAAUGUGGAGCGAGCUUGUCAGAGCUACUUUCACUGUGUGUCCUGCAUCAGUGGUCCUCUGGGUCUAUACAGAAACAAUCUCCUGCAGCAGUUCCUGGAGGCCUGGUACAACCAGAAGUUCCUGGGCACCCACUGCACAUUUGGGGAUGACAGGCACCUCACCAACCGCAUGCUUAGCAUGGGCUACGCUACCAACCACAAAUAUCCUUGAUGGAAAACCACUUAAGAGAGAGCUUGUUUAUUUGGCUUACAGUUCCUGAUCCCAGUGCUUCACCGAAUCAAGGCAGGAACUCAAGCAGCCAGUGACAUCACAUCCACAUUCAAAAGCAGAGAGUGAUGAAUGGAAAUUGUCAGGUUGUGGCCUUCUGCUUAAUAUAUAGCUAGCUUUCUCUACUCUUACACUUUCAGUGCCUGCCCUGUGAAAUAGUGUUACUCAAGUUCACAGGAGCCUUGCCACCUCAGUAAACAAUCAAGACAGUUCCCCACAGAUAGGCCAAGGGCCAACCUGAUCUAGACAGCUUCUCAAAGGAGGCUUUCCUCUCAGGUGAUUCUAGAUUGCAGCAAGAUGAAAGUAACUGGCACAGAUGUGAACAGACAUCCAUUUGCCCCAGGGCACAAAUGGUAUACCAAAACAAACAAAUAACAAGGCAAAACAAAAUCUACACAAGUUUAAGAUGGUGUUAUUGAGAUUACAGGGUUUACUUAUGUAUUAAUGAUUCUGAGGCAGCUUUGACAGCUUGUAAGAGCUCAUAGCUCCACUGAAGAACUCCCCUCUCCCCCUGACACACACACCUCCCUUAGGAGAGUUUUUGUAACAUUUUAAGCUUGCUGAGUCUCGGUCUUGUAAAUUUCAGGAGAUUCCAUUAACUUUUAUGAUCUCAGGUCCUCCCUCCAAGAAGAAAUGUUUCAGUUUGGAGGAAACUGCUAGUUUGGAAUAAUCUCAUUUUAGCCUAGGGCACCAAGAGGACAGGAAGCCAAUAUGGGUCCUCUUGUAAAAGGAUCAUAGGACCUUCACCAAAAAUGAAUCAUGGAGGAAUCAUGAAUCUUUAAGGAGAAGGCUGGCAUCUACCAGCAUCCUCUAGCCAGCUGAUUUGGGUACAAACUGCAAAAGCAGAAGCAAACAGGGCAUGGAGGGUGCCACAUGACACAAGGAAGAGCUACUCUGUCAAGGACUGCCCUUGGCAAUAGACUCGUUUGACUGAUGUUGCCUAAUUAACUGUUUCUGACCACCUGUGACUUUCCCUGUUUGGAGAAGGGAAAACCAGCUAACCUUGAUGGGUGUUGCUAAGCCAUGUAGGGACAGAUUAAUUCUUUCUGCCUCAACCACAGGAAGGGGUCCAACUGCUCUUUUCAGAAUUUCUUACACAGAUAAUAACCUGGGUAACAGCCAGUCUUGUCUUGCUCCUCAUGGCAGGACUUGCCAUUUUAGUCAACGCUUAGUCAAAUCACCUAUGACUAUAGUAUCAAUGACUAUAGUGUUAGUCAUGUCUCUAGGAGUGAUGUUAGUCACAGGGAAAAUAGCAGUAGCUCACACUGAUUGAGCAGUUACUAGAAACGGCUUGACAUUUUGACCUUCAUACAAUCUGGGCUGUUGUAAAUAUGAAAUAGUGGUAUUGGUCCAUAGAAACUAUGCUUAGAAGACUGGAGAGAUGGUUGGUUGGUUAAGUGGACCUCUUCCAGAGGACUCAAGUUGAAUUCUAGCACCUAAGUCUGGUGUUCACAGUUGUCUCUACCUCCAUCUAUAGGAGACUUGGGACACUUCUGGCCUCCUUGUGAAUCCACACACAUGGGCAUCCAUGUCCCCCACCACCACACACACACACACACAUACACAGACACACAGAGUGGCACACAUAAGCAAAACAAUCAAAUAAAAGAAACCUUUCAACAUCAAACUGAAGCUCAGAGAGAUUAAGUAUGAUAGCUAAUAUUGGCAACCUGGCAGGAUGUAUGAGCACCUUGAAGACAAAUCUCUGGGCAUGUCGGGCAAGGAUUUUCUAGAUUAGGUUCAUAAAAGUGAGAAAACCCAUCCUAAAUGUGAGCACUACCAUUUUGUGGGAUGAAGUCCUUCAGUUUGAGUACAAAGAAGCAAGCUGGGCUAGCCAGGUUGAGUUGGCUGCUAAAGGUCUGAGAAUGAGAGCUGAUUCCUGUCAACAGUCCACUGACUUCCACUCAGUGCGUAAGCCUACUCAUGCACACACACAGCACACCAUUCAUUCCUCUCUGCUUCCUAUCUAUGGAUACAAUGUGAUCAGAUGCCUAAUAUUGCUGUCUCUGUGCUUUCCCUUCCAUGCCAGACAUUAUCUCUGAACUAUGAGCCAUAAUAAACUCUUCCUUCCAUAAGCUAUUAUUGUCAGGUGUUUAGUCAGUGACAACAAAACAAACAUAGAAAAGUGAAAAAAAACCAAUAGUAGUGAAAGUGGUCACUUUGAAAUUCUGCCAACUGGACAGGACAGACAACUCAGCAAUGAAGAGCACUGGCUUCUCUGGGAGAGGACCUAGUUUCAAUAUCCAGCACCCACAGGACAGCUCACAAUCACCUAGAACUCCAUCUAUAACUCGAUGACAUGAGGCACACAUGCAUACACACAAGCCAACUAAUCAAGCAGAUAAAAUGGUCAUAAAAUUUAAAACUCCUGCCCAGGCCUCAGGGAGAAAAUACCAAUACCUUUAUUUCUCUUUGUCUGUUAGGUAUACCUCGCGCUCCAGAUGCUAUUCAGAGACGCCCUCCUCUUUCCUUCGUUGGCUGAGCCAGCAGACCCGCUGGUCCAAAUCUUAUUUCCGAGAGUGGCUAUACAACGCCCUGUGGUGGCACCGCCACCACGCGUGGA